AUGCCAGUCCCAGCCGCACUCGUUUUUGCAGGGAAGUUUGUAGCAACUCCGGCCAUAUCUUUCUUGGUCAAUAAAGCUUUCACCUAUGUCGGCAAAUACUUCGAGUCUCCACACAUGGAUGAGGUGAAAAAUAGACUCGUGCUCGCCAUGCCCAAGAUCCAAGCAGUGUUCGAUGCCGUCAACCCGGAAUAUGUCAAAGAGCAGAGCAGCGCCUUGGAUGCGUGGCUAUGGCAGCUGAGGGACGCCGUCGAGGCGGCCGAGGACGCCAUCGAUGAGCUUGAAUACUAUGAGCUCAAGGAGAAGGCCAAUGAUCAAAAGAUUGCUGAACGGGGUUCUCCGUUUGACAAGAUGAAGCACAAGUUUGUGAAAUCCGUUAAGAGUGUCAAAACUCUCAAAAAAGUUGCUGAUGGUGACAUUGUCAGAAGGCUGAUGAAAUUGGUGGAUGCUUUAGAUAAGGCUGUUGGUGGUGUUGACAGUUUCCUCAGCCUCACAGACCAUCUCAAUGGAGCUUUCUCCAGCAGUCAGCAGCAAGUGCAAGCGGACAAUGAUCGCCAAACUGGUUCUACGUUGAGUGCGACUAUUUUCGUUGGACGAGAAAAGGAGAAGGAGAAGAUCAUUGGAUGGCUAGCAAAUACAUCAAGUCAGACCAAUAUUCUUUCUAUUCUUUCAGUCGUUGGCCAUGGUGGCAUGGGGAAGACAAGUUUGGCGCAGACCAUAUGCGAACAGCAAGAGGUGUUGGAUCAUUUUAAGCUCAUAUGGGUCACUGUGUCAACUAGCUUUGACGCAACAUCACUGACGAGAAAAAUAUUGGAAUGCACUACGGGCGCAAAACCAAAGGCUGAUCAGCUGGAACCACUACAGCGAGACCUGAAAGAAAAGCUCAAGUCUGAUAAAUUUUUGCUAGUUCUAGAUGAUGUUUGGGAAGAUAAGAAAAGGGAUGAAUGGGAAAAGUUAUUUGCUCCAUUGAAGAAACUGAACAAUGCUGGAAGUAAAAUUUUGUUGACAACCCGUAUGCAAUCUGUAGCGGACAUGGCUGCCAGAGUAAUGGGGGUCGAAACAGAUCAGUGCCUGACAUUGCAAGGACUAGAAGAAGAUGAAACUUUCGAGCUCUUCACUCAUCAUGCCUUUUCCGGGUUGAAGAAUCCAGCAGAUUAUGGAAAUUUGACGUUAAUUGGAGAACAGAUUGCAAAGAAACUGCUAGGAUGUCCCUUGCUAACUAAGGUUGUUGGUGAGCAUUUGCAAGGCAAGGCAACGGUUGAGUACUGGAGCAGAUUUUUGCACAAAGGAUUGGAGCAUUUUAAAGGAACAGAGGAGGAUAUUAUGAGGGUUCUCAGAUUAAGCUACUACCACCUACCAACAGAGUUGCAGAUUUGUUUUCGCUAUUGUUGCAUAAUUCCUCGCGAUGACUAUGGAUUUCUGAAGAAAAAAUUGGUGCAACUAUGGAUUGGCUCAGGAUUGAUCUCACAAGCUCUAAGCGACACCCACACUUUGGAGGAAACUGCAGAAGAGUACUUGGCUCAGCUAACUAGAAAGUCAUUCUCCAAUAUGAAGUCAAGAGAUGGUCAAUUGGAAGAAGAAUGGUAUGUCAUGCAUGAUUUGAUGCACGAAUUGGCGAGGAACGUGUCCACUGUUUGUGCACUUGAAAUGGUUGUUGAGAGCUCCAAAUCGUUGCGUCUAUAUGACUCACAAGAAUUCUGCUUUGCUGACAAGUUUAAGUUUGGUAACUUAAAACAUCUUCGAUAUAUCUAUGUGCCUCGAAUAUCACCAGGCAUGAUACGUGGGGGUGGCUUGGAGACCGAAACAUAUGAAUCCAGAUACUUAGGGUACCUUGAGCGCUUGCGGUAUGUAUCCUUUGGAGUGAGUGGAUUUGGUAAUUUCUGCAUAAGCAAGCUCACUUCUCUUCAGGAACUACAUGACUACCGGGUAGGAGGAACAAAAUGCAACGAAAUAAGUGCAGUUGGGAACUUAAGAGAUCUCGGUGAAUUGGGUUUGGAGGAUCUUGAGAAUUUUCAGAGUUAUGAAGAAGCUAAGAAUGCCAAGUUGAAGGAAAAACAGCGUCUCAACAAGUUAUCUCUGAAGUGGCCUAGAGCUGGUCAAAUGACAGAUGAUUUGAAUCUUGACAACCUUGAGCCAAACGUUAAUAUUAGCGUAUUGGAAAUUAAUGGUUAUGCAGGUCCCAAAAUUCCAUUUUUGAUUGAGAAUUGCUCUCUCAAAAACAUGGUGACACUCCAGUUCAAAGGCUGUAUGAACUGGGAAUAUCUUCCCUCUCUUGGUGAGUUAGUAAUGCUGAACGAACUAAUGUUGUACGACCUUCCUAAGCUAGGACAGAUUAGUCGAUCAUCUGACAUGUCCAGCAGCAGUAGCUCAACGGAGUUGUUGUUACCUCAAAGCCUUAAAAGUUUGGAUGUAAUUGAAUGCCAAAAACUGAGGGAAUUACCUAUUCUACCUCCAAGCCUAGAAUCAUUGCUAAUAAAAGAUGUUGGUCUGACCAAACUUGCUUCGAUUGGCAAGAUAUCCAGUGAGAGCAUCGAGCCCAGAUCAUCUAAGCUGGAUUUCAUAACUGUCACCAAAUGUCCAUGCUUAACUUCUCUGGAAGGGAGUCUUUUGGAGCAAAAACUGUACAUGAGAACUCUCAGUGUCCUACGUUUGGUUGAUUGUGUACAUCUGGAGUCCGCGUCCAUACCAUUUGAAGAAAUGAGAGAGCUUAAGGAGCUCAAAAUAAUGGAAUGCCCAAAGUUGAGGAUGAUAAGAGAUGCCAAAGAUAUGCACUUGCCAUUGUCACUAAGGAACCUGGCUAUCUCCUGUGACUACUUGGAACCUCCACUGCUCGGAUCACUGCAACUGCUCACCAACUUAUGUGCGCUCAAUUUGCACAACUGCUCGAGCUUGGUGUCUCCCCCCUCAGGGGAUGUGUUCAAGAGUGCUGACUUAUGUGCACAUAGAGGGAUGUUAAAAAUCAGAAGGUGCAGCACACUCGCAAAGGCUGGGUCCUCCUCGCUAAAUAGAGUUGCAUCUGGUUCUGGUGGCGUGGAGCCCGGCAGCUCACUGCAGAUACGUACUAUUCAGAUUGAUCUGCCGCUGCUUCUUGAGCCGCUAAAGAGUCUUUGCCACACCGAAAAGCUGGAUAUUAUGAAUGGGUCUGAGAUGGAGAGCUUACCUGAACAAUGGCUGCUACAGAACCUCCAAUCCCUCUGUUGUCUGUAUAUAUCUGGUGCAUGUGACUUGAAAUCGUUCCCACCAAGAAUGAAAGAUCUGUGCUUUCUCGAGAACUUUGCCCUACUUGGUGCUGGGCAACUCCAGUCACUUCCGUCUCUUCCCUCCUCCUUGAAGUGCUUCGAUCUUAUAGAAUGUCAUCCAGAGCUGGAGAAGAAGAUUACAAAACAUGGAAGCCCUGAACGGAAAAAAAAUUGCCCACAUCCCUGA